AUGAACCCUCCCAGUACCACACUGCCGUCACAAUCCUCACAAUCUCCCCAGCGGCAGCGGCGAAGAAGCAAGCGGGUGGGAGACGCCGGAGAGCCAGCACCGAAACCCAAAAAGGUCAAUAGCGAGAUCCGAAAGCAACAGAACAGGAUCGCUUCGCGCAACUACCGGGAAAAGCGGAAACGAAAGCUUCAAUAUCUCCAGCAGUUGAUUAGCGAUGAAACAGAAGACAAGAAGAGAGCUGAACCUUCCCCUGAGCGACAAGCAGUGUACGCGCCCUCACGCCCCGCAAACAACAAUAUCGUAGGCCCAAGUUCAUCGCCUUACCAGUUGCCUUCCAGCGGUGGCCUCGGUUCUAUGAGUGCCAGAAGCAAAGCUACUCACGAUGCUAUCCUGGCAGCUACCACCGCAUCUUUCAAUAGCCAUCAUGCUACAACUUCACAGGCAUACGCUGCCUAUCCUUCAAACUGGAAUGCACCGCUAUACUCUCCACCCCCGCCUCUCCCAGCGAACACUGCUUGGAGCAUCCCGUCCAUCUGGGCGUCGAGCUUUGGGCAGCCUGUCCACAGUUCUCCCCAGCCAUCAGUCUAUCACUACAGCCCCGAGCCAACAGCGCCCAUGGGAUUCGACCAGACACAUGCUCUGUCGCAUCAACCACAGGAAUACCUUUCCAACGCAUAUCUCUAUGGUUAUGGCUCGUUUUCCGGGUCUCAACACCAGGUAACCCACAAUCCCCAUUUUCCGAUUGGACAUGAGCCUUCCACGUUCGACCGAUACGUCUACAUUUGA